AUUCAUUUUAUUGUCCGCUAUUGCUUGAUAACUAUAUCAGUAUUGAAUAAGAGUGCCAUCUCAUGAUGAUUUCCUCUUCAGUUUAACAUACAGUGCUAAAAUUAGUUUGGAUAGGAAUCUGGAAGGAUGAGUAGCUCCAGAGGAAAUGGAUUGCUGUUGAUCAUUGGUUGCCUCUUGUUUAUUAAUUGGGGGUUAGUACUAGUUGAGGCAACAGAAGAAUGCGAUGUUUGCGACCAAAGUUGUGCAGGUUAUAUGUUAGACUCGGAUUGUUAUUGCAAUCGACAUAUUUCAUAUAAUACAAAUCAGUAUUGGAACCGUUAUGAAGGAAGAUAUGAAGUUGAACAAUUAGGAAUUUCUUCGGUAUCUGUGGUGUGCUUGCAUCUAGGUGAAAAUUCAAUACUGUCUGGCAAGACUUGCCCGGAAGCAGAGUGCAAACAUAUAACAUUCACUUCAAGUAAAUUAUCCACUAUACCCAUCAAUUUUUUCAAAAAGACACCGCAUCUGGAUGCCAUAUACUUGAACAGUUCGAAAAUACAAAAUUUACAAGUAGGUGCUUUUGCGGGACUUCAAAGACUAAGGACAUUACAGUUGGAGUAUAACGAUAUAAGAGAAAUAAGAAGUGGGUGCUUGAAUACCUUAUCGACACUGCAAAUCCUUGAUAUGAAAAAUAAUAAAAUUGAGACGUUAGCAGAAGAAGCUUUCCUUGGUUUGACCUCCUUAGAAACCUUGGAUUUAAGCACGAAUCAAAUACGUUCUCUUCCAUACAAUCUUCUGAGCCCAUUGGUGAAUCUCAAGAAUCUUAUUCUUUCUCAUAAUUAUCUGACAUCAAUUGAUAUACACUUUCAACAGUUGAGUAAACUCGAGAUUCUAUUCAUGAAUCAUAAUAAUAUUGAAAGCAUCCCGGAGUGUUUCAACAAUACAAAUAUAGUUUCCCUAUUUUUGCAAGACAACGCAAUUACUUAUAUCAACAAUUCCUGCUUUCCUAGGACUAUAACCAAUUUAAACAUCGCGAAUAACAAUAUCACUAGCUUGACCUUCUUGGAUAAUAUAAGUUCCCUUUCAACAUUGAACGUAUCAAAAAAUCAAAUUACUGAAACACCACUUGAUGUGUUUGUAAGCUUGGAGAAUCUUCUCAAACUAGAUAUAUCUCAAAACGAAAUGAGCGGAUUGAGAGUUGGCAUUUUCAGUAAAGCUAACCAUAUAGAGUACCUAAACUUAAGUAGAAUAACAUUUGGGGAACUAGACCCAAACCCUCUUAUUCCCUUGAGCGAUCUGAAAAUCUUAGAUAUCAGUCAAAAUAACCUGGAUUAUUGGGAUUCUGAAUUUUUCACCCAUAUCAACAAUUUCCAAGAAAUUUUCCUGGACGGGAAUAACUUCACUUGUAACGUUGUUUCUUCACUAUUCCGACAGUCUAAACUGAGAAAUUUUUCUCUGGUCUAUGAAGAAGAUUAUUCCAUUGAAAACAUAAAAGGUCUUCCUUGCAUUCAUGAGAGAGCCAAACAAAUGCAAAAUCAAACAGAUAGUGUUAUAGCGACAAGCGAUCAGUCAGCCACUUUUUGGAAAGAUUUGUGGAAUUAUGGCAAAAAUUUCACAGAAGGUUUUAACAAAACUUUGGUGAAUUAUUUGAUAUCAGAAAAAUCAACAGUGGAGAGCCUGAAGAAAGAAAUAUCGAAAAAACUUGAAACCUAUCUGGAAACGAAAAUUGAAGAGCAAAAUAUAUUAAUCAGGUCAGAAUUUGUUAAUUUACAUGAUGUUUUGCACAAUAUUGUGUAUAGAAAAAAAACAGAGACCACCAAGAGUCAACUUUUAAAAACCGAGCAGCAUCAAGAUCUCCCUUUUAAUAAAUCUAUGUUUACUAUGGAACAAAGAUUGACCAAUUGUUUACAUCAAAUGAACAUAUUAAUCGUUGUUGGUUUCUCAACUUCCAUAUGUAUUUUUGUGAUCAUCAAAAUAGUAUUCAUUUACUUAGACUCCAAAAGGAAGAAAAGAAGAGUUAGCGUGGAACUACCCGUUUUGUCAAGUUAAAAGUCUAUAAUCGAUAAAUUGAAUGCAAUUAACUAUAGAUCCUUGAAGAGUAACCUCACCAAUAUUCGUGAUUAUGUCAAGAUUUCAUUUUUUGAUCGUCCCAGAAUGUGUGACAUAUGCAGUUAUAGGAGAGCCAGAAGAACAAAUGCUGUUGAAAUAACGUAAACUAAGCUGCACCCUCUUGAACGAAAGCAAAUUAGGAAUACUUUCAUCAAUUUAUUUUUUCUACUUGUGUAAUCAGUUUCUUCUGUAUGUUCAUAGAGGUCAAUAAACAUCAGUAUUUGGACUAUUUGGAGUUGAUUCGAAUGGUAAAGUGCAUUAUACAUUUUCUGACAAAAUUCAAACAUUUGUUUUUUAGAUAUCGGAUGUUUUUUCAUGAAGUGAACUGGAGUUGUUUUGAGUUGUGUGUAAAAUUGUAUUGUGUUUCUGCUAUCUUGAUUAUACAAUUCUCAACUUCAACCCAUUCGUUUCAUAGAUUUCGAAUUAUCUUCUUUAUUGUCAUGAAUUCACAUGAUAUUUUCAAUAAGUUACUGAAAUCAUUUAAUGGAAUAAGCGACAUACCUUAUCCUUGUAAUUUGGAUUUCUUCAGUUAUUCAAUAAAAAUUAUCCUUUUA